GUACGGUAACAGGCGCAUUAUGUAUAGACGCCAUUUUUUCGAGUACAAAAAUAAAGAUAGCAAUGCCUGAUUGAUUAUUCGACAAGUUAUCGAAUCGGAACAAAUAUUACUGCUAGCUGAAUGCUUAUUGUACGAAGAUGAAGAAGGCCAAGAUGCCAGAGGACACAACCCUACAACAUAUCCCUCAGCCAUCGGAGGCUGCCAAACUACCACAGUUACCUCCCCUGUCAAUAGACACCAUGACACAGGUGGAGUUACAGGAUUUUAUCCCCCAGCUGGUUAGUAUUGUGAUGGCCAACAAAACUGGGCUGUAUCGAAAGAACUGCCGGCCUGAGUGGUGGCCCUCGGACAUUCCAUGGACGGGGACUAGAGCAGACUUACUGUACCAGGAGAGUAAUUGGUCGGAGCCUCUGAGAGAUGCGAUCCGUAAGUGUUAUCGUCACAUGGGACAGGAAAGACUACUGAAAAUGAACAAGCGGGACAACAGUAAACAGGCUGCCACGUCCAGUAAUUCUAACAAACCUGGAGAUCGGACGGAGUCUUCACCACGAUACUACAAGAGUUCCACAGAAAACGCGAAAAAAACUUGUCAAUAUGCAGAAAUUUACAUCUGUUAUUUCUGCGAGAGGGAGUUCUCGGAUAGGACAUUGAUGCGGGAACACCAGGCAGAGUGUCGGGAGCGCCCCCCACAGCUUCAGGAGGCCAUGAAAACCCCACCCCAGUCUACUGACUCCACCCAGGGGCCACCACAAAUGAGUCCUGUCAAACUAGAUCUCAACUGUAAGACUCCCAAGAUCCCUAAGGAUGGAUUUAUAAAGCUGUUCAAUUUGGUGCCGAAACAGAAAGCGGACAGAAUUCUGGCCAGACACAGGAACAGUUUGGAUGUGGAGUGUGAUGAACUGGACUACUCCGUCCCCGAUACUCCGAUUUCUCCUACCACACCAAGAACGCCCAAGUCUCUGAUCUCACAGCUGAGUCGAGACGAAGGCGUGUCUUCCAGAAAGAGACUGAGUUACUCGGAGCCUUUAGAUAAUGAGGACAAGGAAAGCGUGGUCAGCGGAUGUAGUGAAGAAGCCGAGGAGAAGACGACACAGAAAGGGAAAUCCCUACUCACCAUUGACGUCUCCUCCCUGCUGGGGCAGAGAAUUCAGAAACACGUCAAAGUUGAUUCAUUUAUGCAAGUGAUUGGGGAUUCCGAAUCAUUUUGUAAGACGCCUGUCAAAAACUCUUUCUAUGAAAAGCUACGCAAUCGUACCAUUACAUAUCCUCUUUCAUAUAGACCUCGGCGGAAACAUGACGGCAAAUUUGUGCAUGAGUACGGAUUUACUAGCAGACAGAAAAUGGAGAUUAAGGAAAGACUGAAGUCUGGACUAAAUAAGAAUGGAAGACAGCUUCUAAAAAGCAUACCCAAGUGUUCUGUGGAUGUAGCCAGGCUGACAAAGUGGGAACUAAGACGAUUCUUGUCCAAGUACAGCUACAGAAAAUUUUUGAAUCUCAAACCUGUAGUGCAUGCCUCCGAACCGGAAUUUCCAAAGGAACCGCUUCUGUUGUCUCAGAACGUAGAUAAACUUCUGGGGCUGAAGAAGAGGUCCGAGAUGAGAGUAUCUAAACUGAAUCAGCUAGCACCAGUAAACGUAGUGUCCGAGGACGCCAACGCAGAGAUUACGAAGCAGAAGUUGACGUUAUAUCGAUGUCUGCUGUCGGAUUUGGCUGCCAUGCAGUCCAACUUGAAGAAAAGUAAGAAAUCAGCGGAAGCACUACAGCAAUCUCUUCAACUCAAACUGGAACAGAUUCCAGGGAAUCUACACAGAGCAAAGAAGAUAAAACGUGAGACACCUGGGCUGAAAGCAUCCAAGUUACCUCUCAGUCCACCGAGUACACCCAUAGUGAUCAAACAUCAGGAUCACAGAGUAAAGAAAAGACCAUUUCAAACCCAACCGGACGAUGACAUAUCCAUUAUCUCUAUUUCUUCUGAUGAGGAAUCCGUGAAUUCUCGAUGCUGUAUCGCGUGCAAGAAGAGAAAGUUGUGCCCGUGUUCACCAGAAGUGUCGCUGGAGCGAGUGUCCUCCACUGAGCCGUUGGAUGUAUCCAUCGUGAGGUCUGCCUCCAUCUCCCCUCAGAUAUCACCCUGUAGCUGUGUAUCUACCCCAGAGUCAGACUCUUCUCUUCAUUUAAAGCUCUCCCCCUCCCCCUCCCCAGAUUUGGUUCAUUGGCACACGAGAACCUCGAGAUCACCAACAGUCAAAGAUGAGUUGGUCGCAAAGCCAUUGCUGAAAUCACCCACAGAAAAGCCUGCAUCUCCCUCAGUCUCUCAGAGAGGGAGGCCGAGAGGAAAGAACUCUCUCCACGAUACAGUAAUACUAAAAGAAAAGUCUGUCUCGUCACAGAUUCCUGUCAAGAAACCACUUGUUACAUCAACGCCAAGAAUGUCGCCCCGAAAAUCCUCGCAACAACCAGCCAUCGUGUCUCCUUUGAUGGGAAAUGUGCAGAAUCUACCGAAAGAAACGGACAGAAGUGCAAUGAAGAAAAUCGGUUCAGAGGGUACCAAAGCUGCUGCACGGAAUUCUCCACAGAAAAAAUCGUCUCCAGCGAAGAAAAUAGACAUUCAGGAUGAUCUGGUUAUCAGAACAAGGUCCAAAGCAGGAGUCCCCCUGAAGAGAUCAAAGAGAAUAUUAUCCGCCUUCUCACAGGGCAGUCCAAAAAAAUAUAAAUAGACACCAGAUGGAGGAUCUGUGGAAUAGAUGAAAUGUGGUGAUACACAUCUGUAUAGUUGUUGGUGAAAAUAAAGUGGAAAUUAUUCCACUUGAAGACGUGUUCAUGUAUAUAACUUUUAAGAGCUGAGGAGACGUAAUGAAAUAUCGAUGAUCUGUCUGAACAGUGAAAAGUAAAAAUGAUUCUAUGUAUGUUAAACUGAGAUGCAAUAAAUCGCCACGAUUCCUACGCUGUGAUCUCUCUCUACAGUAUGAUUGAGGAGGAGUGCGAGUCACAAAAUACAAAACGCUAUGUUCCCUGCCAAAGUUAUUGAACUGCAUUUCAUUUUGUAUGACCCAUGUUACGUACCAUAAUGACAAUGUAAAUGUUCCUCUGGAAAAGUAGAACUCUUGUACAUGUAGUGCGACUGAUGCUGUUACAGACAGUCCAGAUGAUGUGGACCUGACUUUUUGUAGGUCUAUACAUUUAUGUUGAAAUAGUGACUUUUUGUUGGUCAAGAGAUAUAUACUAAAUAGUGCUGCUGUGAUGGUGCUGAUUAACACUGUUUUGGGGCGGAGAUAUUGAAUCACCGGUAGCCCCGGGCAGUUUAAUGUUAAUGUCAAAAGUUGUUCAAAUGAAAGAUAUUUUUAUUACCAUGGUGACAAAAAUUUAGGGUUGGUUACAAAUUUAUAUUGCCCUAAAAACAUUUAAUAGAAAUGAAGUACAUUAUUGCCAAAAAUUUGUUAACUACUUAAAUAAUUCAUGCUAUCAAGGCGAUUUAUCUUAGAAUUUAUCUCCACAGAAAUUUAUUAGUGGGGGUUGGGAUGAAAUUAUCAAGAUAUUUUAAAAAAGUUUCUCGGAUAUGAUAAAUCGCCGAUGGUUGUUUACAACGGAUGUCGAGAUGUGAUAUUGUUAACAGAGAAAUUUAUUUUUUAACCAUGACUUUUUCUGUAUAGAUUAGUGAAGGAGUUGCCAUUUUCCCCCCAGAGAAUCAAAAGUUUUUGUGUAAUUGUAGUAAACUUUUGUAGCAAAGAUUAUUCAAUUACUUUAAGCACAAACAAAGCAUUUUAAUUGGGUUCAUCUUAAUUUUUGUCAUCCUAAUUAUUGAAUGAAACCAUUUGUUGUGAAUAAUUGAGAAUGUGUGCAUGCUUUGUUGUUUUUUUCACUACAGAGAUUAUGAAUAAGGUUGUAGUCAGUGGAUGAGUACGAACAUUUGCUUGUUCUGAAAUCGGGCAUUACUGGUAAAAUCAUACUAUGUUUUUGUUAUCAAUUCAGCUGUGUGUUUUAAUUUUAUCUGUGUAUUUUUAAGUGUUAAACCAAAUCGUAUUUAAGAAUUCAAAAUUUUUCAAAUAGAAAAAUAGUCUUGGAGAUUUGUUUCAGAAAAUUCGUUCACAUCUUAUUUUUAAAUUUCUGUUCAUUACUUUUUAUUUCAAUUAAUUGUUUUAUAUGUAUCUGUGGCCAAAGUCCCCCCCCCCCCCCCCCCCCCCCCCCCCCCCCCCCCCCCCCUCUGAUUUACAUCUGUACGUGUGUAUAUUGACUAGCUGAUAUAGACAGACAGAUGCAAGAAAAUCCAGUUACUCUAACACGAGUUAUGUAAAUUAUUUUGUGCUUGGUGUUUUUAUAUGUUGAACAGUUUGUUUUUUAUUUUACACUGUAUAUUACUGUUCCAAUGUUUUGUUGAUACGAUAUAGCCCCAUGUCCUCUUCUGUUAGAACCUGAAGCCUAGAUUUUCCAUUUGUGUUUACGCAAAAGUGUAUGUUAGCAUAAUACGAAAGCAUGAAACCAUGACAACUGUAUUCAGUGUGUGCUGUGUUCAUCUGUAUUAAAUUGAACCGUUUGAAUUUUCUAGCUGUAUUAAGUUUAACCCUGUUUGAAAUUUCUAGCUGUAUUAAGUUAAGCCCUGUUUAAAUUUCCAAGCUGUAUAAGUUCUCAUUAGGAUAUUGUUACCAAGGGUUGCCAUUGGAAAAACGGUACACACACACAUAAAUAUAUAUAUAUAUGUAUAUACAUUAAGGAUGGCAAUCGAAUAUAGAAUUGCCAAUCGGUUAACAGCAGCUUGUUUUAACCGGUUAAUCGUAUCAAAAUGUACGUUUUGUGACCUAGUUAUUGGCUUCAAUUUCUCAAGUUUGCUAUGUUUAUUUGCACAGAAAAGACAAUGCAACACACUAGUAAUAUUCUGUUCAUGUUUAAUUAGAACAUAAAAUGCAAUGAGUGUUAGAAAUCGUCAAAAGCAUGAAAGAUACAUGAGACUUAAGAGAGAAAUAAAUCCCUAAGUCCAGAUUUCACAAGUUUAUUCUACACUUUACCAUCGUCAAAACUAAUAUUUAAUUUGCAGAUUUUGUCUAAAAAAUUAUUUGAUCAACACUAGGUGAGGAUAGGUGACUUCUCAGUUUGUUUACGACGAGAAAUAUCUUUUGAACUGUUUCCAUACAUGCGAUGUUGAAGGGGGCGGCUGUUCAAUGACAAAUCGAGGUGUCCCGAUACAUAUUAAACCAGUUUACAGUUCAUACUAAAUGUUAUCAGUACUGAACAGAGAUUUUAUUUUCAUUUAUGCACGAUGAAAGAAACACUGGAGGAUUGGAGCAGUGAAGCUGAGUUUAAACAGUAAUUAGCACAUUUCCUCACAUGCCGCCAAUACAAUUAUCUCCAAAUUUACUAAUUAGAUACAUGAAAAUGCAAACAUCACUAUUUAAAGCAUUUGGAAAUAGAUUGGGAAAUUUGUAGUUAAAGAUGCAUUCAAAUAUACUCUUUUUUCCGAUAACCACCAUUUUGACCGAGUAACCGGUUAAAAAUUGCCAUCCCUAAUUUAUAUAUGUAUAAUAUAUUUAUUUUAUGUCAACAUUUAAAGUUUCUUGUAUGUGUUUUUAAUAAUGAAAUCUGACUAGAAACUGCAUUAAUUUCAAGCAACAUUUGGGAUAGUUCCUCAUACUGAAUGCAUUAAUGGUAUCAUAGUCUGUGUAAAUGUCUGUAAAUAGAACUGUUUAUUGAUUGGAUAUACCCACGAUCAAAAUGUCUUUAUUUUCAUCCUCAGAACAAAGCAAUUUAUAGUUUUUGUUUAAUCUUUUAGGUUUAGUCCUAGUUUUCAGUUGUCCCUGUUUGGGAAAUUACAGAUGUGAAAAUGGAGAGAGAGAGAAAGAGAGAGAGAGAGUAUUGUACAGUGCCAUAUUGUCCCUUGUAUUACCAGAGAAGGCUGUGCUUUCAGACAAUAACAUAAUUCAACCUUAUAUAUGCUCACUCUCCUUUAUCAUAAAGCGAGGGAAUUUGUUGCAUUUUUAUCUUUCUUGCAUGGAGGGGCAUGGAGCUGAACCAUUUUUUACCCUGAAGGAUACGGUAGUUGCCCAUUACAAAACUCAUUGCAUACUCUUACUGGGGGGGGGGGGGGGGGGGGGGGGUCAUCAUCACAUUGCUUUCAAUGGGAAGUUAUUGCAUACUAUUGCUUUUAGGGCAGAAAUUGUAUUCUUUUCAGGGAAAGAUGUAUUGCAUAUUGUUGCUUUCAGGGGAAGGGUCAGUUAAUGCUCAUUGUCCAUCUCAUCAUGCUUUGAACAGCAUUCACUUUUUAGUUCAGCAUCAUUAAUUCACAUAGUAAGGAGAUGGUGCAUUUCUUAACCAUGUUGAUAUGGGUAUAGCCAGGGUGUUUAAAUAUCCAAUUAUGGUGAGAGAGAUUUCAUAUUUGCAUGUACAAUCGUAUGUUUCAGUUUAAAAAAUGUAGCAUCUAAUUGAAUUUGGUGUUGGAUCAACAUCAGUUUUAUGUUAGACCACCUGAAUUUUGGGAUUGGAUUUUUUGUCAGUUAAGUUUUUUCGCUGCAUGAGAUUUAAUCAAGUUUCUCAGUGUGCAGCAUACGACGUGCGAGAAUAAUGUUCAGUGUCGAUAUAUACAGUCACUUCACUAGCUAUAUCUUAGUCAACUGUUGUUCAUUUCUGUUGAAUUUUUAAUCUGUUUUUAUUUUUACCUCCAGUGGAUGUUGUAAUCUCAGGCACUCAACAUUUUAAAUAUCUAUAAUAAAAAAAUUGUCAUCCUGUAAACAUAAUAUUCACGUGAAUAUUAUGUUUACAGGAAGAGAGUUUUUUUAUUAUAGAUAUUUAAAACGUUGAGUGCCUGUGGUUCUAACUUAGCAGCCUUGUUUUUAUUUCUAUACAGUUUAUGUAGAAAAUGGACAUCCCAUGUCCUAAUGCUUUAGUUUCAUUAUCAAAUGCAAGAAUUGGAUUUUUCUUUAAUUCAGUUUGAUAUGGUUUCUGUGAUUUUUAUCAGAUCAUUUUAAUUCAGAUGCAAUUUGACUGUAGAAAUUUGACACCAUUAACUGAAAUUUGGAGAUUGUUACGAAUAUGAAUUAGACUGCUUGUCUGUUUGCUCAAAAUUAAAGCCACUGUCGUACACAAACA